AACUCAGGAUUUACUAAUGUAACUCUAUUGUUCUUUUUUUUAAUAGACUCCACUCCUGCACUGCUGCUUGUGAUGCUCAGCUGUCCUCUGUGGCAGGUCAGCCAGGCUCUCCCAGUGAUGACUAAAGGACCGAUGACAGACUCCUGUGUUGUAUACGCACGAUCACUUCUGCAGAACAUCACUGAUGCUCUCACACAGAAAAACCUGUUCAGUGGAAUCAACUGCAUGGAGCAGAGUGUGACACUGAAUAUGAAGACUAACACAGCAUCAGUGUGUGCACCAAAGGAAUCAACAUGCUAUGGAAUCGCUAGAUCAGAAUUCAGUCAGGAGUCAUGUCUGACAAACAUUGGGAAGGAUCUGCAACACUACUACAAGUUUCUUGCUGCUCAGCCAAACUCUGCCAGUUUGCUUGGCCCAACUAUGUUCAGCCUCAGAGAACUCAUGGAGAACUGCUUCAUGUGGUCUGUACCCAGAGACUUGGCCUCAGAGCAGGCUGCUGCAGAGAGUCAAAGCACCUACGAUGAAAGACUGAACCUCUGCAAAGUCCUGAAGGGCUUCUACGUUCGCACCAUCACAAUCAACAGAGUCAUUGGAUACUUGAACUCUGGCAAGCACACAAGUUAAACUCUCAUUGAGCUCUAAAACAAGAAUAAUUUAAGACAGCUAUACAGAACUUUACAUAGAAACUGCAUAAACUACAGUAACAAUCAAAUCAUCUUAUUGUGAAGGAAAACAGUUCAGUCUACUUUAUAACUUUUUAGUGGUACAUAUUAUUUUGUAUGUGGUCAUGUAAUUUAUAUUUAACAUGCAGAUGUUGA